AUGGGCAGCGCUGCAGCUUCUGCUACGCGCCGGCUUGGGGGUGUCAUCAAAGGCUCCCGAAUAUGCGACGACUUGGAGCUGCAGGAGCUGCUCUUGGGAUGGGAGCGGCUGGGGCUAACUCUGUCAGGCGUCAUACUCCAAGCGGAGCACAAGGAGACAGUCAAGGAGUAUGACAUGAACCAUGACUCGUGGACCGCGACAGACACCAUCCUUGGGGAAAACCAGCUGGUGGUGAAGACAGUAGGAGACGGCCUGCUAACGCUCCGGCUCACAGCCCAAGGCUUCAAGUGGGAGCACGUGGGCUCCUACAGGCUGGGUGGCAAAAGCAAGGAUGGGCAGUCUCUGCUGAAGGUGGUGGAUUCAAGCACAAAGGCCUUCAAAGUUGAUGACCUACGAGAAAGUUUGGAGGAGAUCAGGCACACCAAGUAUGGAAAGCAAUCCGGCUGUGUGCCCUUCGAAGAGUUUGCUCUGAGACUCUUCGAGAGACUGGCAGGACGGGCGUGCGAGGGGCAGCGGGAUCUGGAUCCCCUGAAGGGAGUGGAGCACCCUUCUGCCAAGGGCAGCAGUGGUCAGCAUCAGCAGCGGCUGUCGCGAUAA